ACCCUACGGUCAAGUGGUCUGGUCAACCAUCCUCUUUCUCAAAUACAGCUACAACCCUUGCAAAAAAUCUAAUUCCACACAGUCGCACACACCUAAAAACAAACAAAACUCUGAAAAUCGCUCAACAAAUUUGAUUACGCUAUCGUAAUCGCUGUCUUCUUAACACGAUGCGCAAAUAAGUAUCAACAGGUUAGGGUUUCUGUUCUUAAAAAGUUGUAAGAAAAACAGAAAUGAGCUGGAAUCGAAUCGCAAAUUCCUCACAGGCUUUCUUUGCUCAUACUUUGCUCUUCUGCUUCACGCUUUUCCUCGUUCUCAAGCUCGAUCACGUUGUAUUUUACUCCUGGUGGAUCGUAUUCUUCCCGCUUUUCUUAUUUCAUGCAGUUGUUGCACGAGGAAGGUUUUCUUUACCUGGACCAUCAGUUUCCCAUGGCCGUCAGGUGGCACCGUUUCACGCGAUUGUUGCGAUACCUUUGCUUGUUGCAUUUGAACUGCUUCUUUGUGUCUAUCUGGAGAGUGCAUAUGUUGAGAAAACUCCCACUUUAAGCUUGAAGAUUGUCUUUCUUCCAUUGUUGGCAUUUGAAAUAGCUAUUCUUGUCGACAAUUUCAGAAUGUGCAAAGCUUUACUACCAGGAGAUGAUGAUCUCUUGAGCGAUGAUGCUAUAUGGGAGACACUUCCUCAUUUUUGGGUUGCUAUCUCGAUGGUUUUCUUUCUUGCUGCUACCGUGUUCACCCUUUUAAAGCUCUCCGGUGACAUAAGCUCUUUAGGCUGGUGGGACUUGUUCAUAAAUUUUGGAAUUGCAGAGUGCUUCGCGUUUCUCGUUUGUACAAAGUGGUCAAAUCCAGUGAUUCAUACGAAUUCUCAAAUACCUGUAGCAAGCUCAUCACCUACGGCCAUUAGAUAUCUCGAUUGGCACAGUGGUACAGCGGGGUCCACAGAAGAUGUAUCCGAUGAUCGGAUGUGUGGUCUACAAGACAUUGGUAGCCAUGUUAUGAAAAUUCCCAUCAUCGGUUUUCAAAUCCUCCUUUGUAUGCGUUUGGAGGGUAAACCUGCUGCCGCUAGAUUUAUCCCUCUUCCGGUCGUCUUCUCGCCAAUAUUUCUAGUGCAAGGAUUAGGAGUACUUUUUGCAGCGUCUAAUUUGAUUGAAAAAAUUGUCAUUCUACAACGUACUGGGGCUGGUACGGGAAUAUACUUUAUAUAUGCUGCUAGAGCUCGUGAUUCCUUUGGUUUUUUGCAGCGUGGCUCCAGGCUGCUUGGUUGGUGGUCAACUGAGGAAGGAAGCCGGGAAGAACAAGCACGGAUUUACUACAAUGGGUCUUCUGGAUACAACACGUUUUCUGGUUAUCCGCCUGAAAUAGUAAAGAGAUUGCCCAAGAAGGAUCUAACUGAGGAGGUUUGGAGGCUUCAAGCAGCUCUUAAUGAGCAAACGGAAAUCACAAAAUCAAGCCAGCAAAACUGUGAAAGACUUCAAAAUGAUAAAAUCUUAUGCAGAAUUUGCUUCGAAAGAGAAAUAAACACGGUGUUACUCCCUUGUAGGCAUCACGUGCUUUGCAGUAUUUGCAGUGAAAAAUGUCAAAAAUGCCCAAUUUGUCGUGUUAUCAUCGAAGAACGCUUGCCUGUAUAUGAUGUAUAGCUUUUGUUUAACUAGGUGACUAUAUAGUUCACAAAAAAAGGUUUGCUAGAAGUUGUAAUGUUAGCCCUCACACUAGCUAUAAUCCUAUGUGUGCAUAGUCUAAUUGAAUGUUUGGUUGGAGAAAAUGGCUGAUUUUGGUGCAGUGUAAUACGUUUUUAGUCAAUUGUCGACGUUUGAAAUGUAAAGAGUGGUGUCACGAGCUAAGAUGUAAAGUGGCUUGGUUGAACCGAGAGGGUCCACACAUGACUCGUCUAUGGAAACCCCCAAUGAAACCUGAGGUGUCCGUCGUUGCGGAUUGGUGGUUUGGUAGGUUGAAUCUUUGAAAUACCUCAAUCUGGAUGUUCAAAAUUGUGUAACUCUAAACAUCUUGACGUGUUUAACCCAUUUGUAGAUAAACCAAUUGAGUUGUAUUCAA